AUGGUAUCUUUGGCUUACAUUGCCCAACAAUAUACACUAUAUGUUGGUUCUAUUCUUUUUGUAAUGGGUGUUUUUGGCAAUUUCAUGGUUAUAUUAAUAUUUUCAAUGGAUCGUCAAUAUCGUAUAACACCAUGCACAUUCUAUUUUCUCGUUGCUUCUGUACAUGACAUGCUUCUUAUUGUUAUUGUUCUUGGAUUACGUUUAUUGACUGUUGGUUUCGGUAUCGAUUUGACUCGAAUGUCAGUCGUAUGGUGUAAGGCUCGAUACUACUUUUUCUCUACUUGGGCGGGCAUAUUGUUAACUUGUCAAUGCUUAGCAACACUCGAUCAAUUUCUUAUCACAUCAAGAAAUGCUCGUCUUCGUCGUUUAAGUAGUAUAAAAGGUGCUUAUCGAGCUGUUGUAGUAACACUUAUUGUCUGGUGGCUACAUGGCAUACCAUGGUUGAUCUAUCAAGACAUAUCACCCAUCAGUGGCGCAUGUGUAUAUGUCAAUCCGAUUUUUCUUCGUUAUGUUAUCUUUUUUGGUUUGAUUAGUCUCUUCAUGCUACCAACAGCGUUCUUGACCGUAUUCGGGUUUCUAGCCUAUAGGAAUAUAUCUCAAACGGCGGCACUAAGUGAGCAAAAUGCACAUCGUCAAAUGACGAUUAUGGUCUGUGUAAAAAUCUUUCCAGUGGUUUUGAGUGGAAUAUUUAAUGGUGGCUGGAAUAUCUACACACUUGCUACAUAUGAAAUGGUGAAGAGUCCUGAUCUAUUAUCUAAAGAACAUUUAUUUCAAUCAAUGAUUGCUCUUCUAGCAUAUUUGGGAAGUUCCGUAAGUGUUUGA